ACACGACACGAAGUCGCCUGAAGAUUGCGCGCCUAGCACACACAAGCAUUCACCGGGACCUUGCUAUAUCCGACGUUCAUUUAUGAUAUAUACACUUGAUUUGCAAUCCCAUUGCAUCAUGAAUCCACAGGUGGAGCACCUAGUCAAGAAGACCUGGGCAAAGUUCCGCUCAACCCCCGAUGAUGCCCGCUUAAUGAUCGCCGUCAGUGGCAUCCCAGGCUCCGGCAAGACAGCCCUCGCCAACAUGAUGACGCAACAAAUCAACAAGAUCUAUGCCUCAGAAAACCCCAGUUCAACGCCAAUCGCUACCGCAGUGCCAAUGGACGGAUACCACCUCACCCGAGCCCAGCUAUCCGCAAUGUCAGACCCGGACCACGCAUUCGCGCGCCGGGGUGCAGCAUUCACUUUUGACGGAGAGAAAUUUCUAGAGCUUGUUCAGGCUCUACGGGAACCGCUGACAUUGUCUUCGACGGCCCUGUACGCUCCCAGCUUUGAUCAUGCAAUUAAGGAUCCUGUCGAUGAUGAUAUUGCUAUCCCGGCGUCUUGUCGGGUAAUUUUCUUUGAAGGAAAUUAUUUAAGUCUAAAUAAGGGGCCAUGGGAUCUGGCGGCUGGACUGAUGGAUGAGUUGUGGUUUGUGGAUGUUGAUUUUGAGGUUGCGAGAACUAGGCUCGUUAAGAGGCAUGUUAAGGCGGGGAUUGCGAAGGACGAGGAGGCGGCUGAUAAGAGGGUCAGGGAGAAUGAUUUGGUCAAUGGGAAAGAGAUUGUGGAUUGUAGGCUACCGAUCCAGGAGAUGGUUUCGAGUAUCUAUGAUCCCACGUGGGAGAAGUCAUAGUCUUUGCGCAGAUGAUGGAGUGAAGAUUGCAGAGCAUUGUGUCGGUAUGAUAGAAUAAUGCUGCAUAGAGUGAUACCUAGGUACUAAUGUGACUCCCGAGAUUGGC